AUGGGAACCGUGCUGUCUUUGUCGCCCAGCUACCGGAAAGCGGCCCUCUUUGAAGAUGGGCCGGCCACCGUGGGCCACUACACAGCUGUCCAGAACAGCAAGAACGCCAAAGACAAGAACCUGAAGCGCCACUCUCUCAUAAACGCACUACCAUGGAAGCGGAUUGUGGCGGUGUCGGCCAAGAAGAAAGGGUCCAAGAAGGUGCAGCCCAACGGCAACUACCAGAACAAUGUCACCCAUCUCAACAACGAGAACCUGAAGAAGUCGCAAUCCUGCGCGAACCUGUCCACGUUCACCCAGGACCAGAGCACCCCAGCACUCACCAAGACCUCAAACAAUGCCGUGUCGUCCGUCAAGAAAGCCCCUCUGACCAACUCUAAUGUGGCCUCCGGGACCCCCAAGAGAGUGAUCGUCCAGGCCUCCACCAGUGAGCUGCUGCGUUGCCUCGGGGAGUUCUUAUGCCGGCGCUGCUACCGGCUGAAGCACCUGGCCCCCACCGACCCAGUGCUGUGGCUACGCAGCGUGGACCGGUCCCUGCUGCUCCAGGGCUGGCAGGACCAAGGCUUCAUCACGCCUGCUAAUGUGGUCUUUGUCUACAUGCUGUGCCGCGACGUGGUCUCCUCGGAGGUGGCCACGGAGCAUGAGCUGCAGGCAGUGCUGCUCACCUGCCUCUACCUAUCCUACUCCUACAUGGGCAAUGAGAUCUCCUACCCGCUCAAGCCCUUCCUGGUGGAGAGCUCCAAGGAGACCUUCUGGGACCGCUGCCUGUCCAUCAUUAACCUGAUGAGCGCCAAGAUGCUCCAGAUCAACUCCGACCCGCACUAUUUUACCCAGGUGUUCGCCGACCUGAAGAACGAGAGCCAGAAGGAGGAGGAGAGGAGCCGCCUGCUCAUUGGCCUGGACCGGUGA